AUGCCACACAUAGUCUUAUUGGGUACGCUGGACACAAAGCUACCCGAGAUACUCCAUCUCCACUCUCGACUGGUCGCUCUGUCUUUACCUGGUACCUCGAUUACUGUAGUUGAUUGCGGUCGUAGCCCCGUCGACCAUCCAGCCAUCAGUAUCUCUCAACAUGAAUUAGUUACGAGGUUCGGCACGAAAGAAGAACGGGACAAGCUGCAAGAUCUACCGCGUGGUGAAAUCAUCAAAUAUAUGAUCCAUUGCGCAACCUCUUGCAUUAGAGAGCUACACCAAAAGCAGCCCAUUCAUGGCGUUAUUAGCGCAGGAGGUAGUGGAGGCACCAGUCUGGCUUCGGCUGUCAUGCGAACUCUACCAAUUGGCCUGCCCAAACUCAUUGCAAGCACGGUCGCUUCUGGAGAUACUGGUCCGAUCGUGGGCGAAACUGAUAUCACCUUGAUGUACUCGGUGGUAGAUAUCGCAGGCGCCAAUGACCUUCUGAAAAACAUACUAAACAAUGCGGCUGCUGCCAUAGCAGGCAUGUCAGCUGCCUACGAACAACAACUUCAACAUCGUCCAGAGCAGGAUCAAGGGAACCAAAAAUUACGAGUUGGCAUCACAAUGUUCGGUGUGACGACUCCUUGCGUCGACAAGAUUCGCGAACAUCUCGAAUCCAACUAUGCAGUCGAGACAUACGUCUUCCAUGCCACUGGACACGGAGGCAAGGCCAUGGAGCGUUUGAUAUCAGAGGGUCGCCUCGAUGCUGUACUAGACCUGACCACAACCGAGAUCUGCGAUUUCCUCAUGGGUGGGAACAUGAGCGCUGGGCCCGACCGUCUCGAAGCAGCCCUCAAAGCAGGCAUUCCAACCGUCAUCUCCCUUGGAGCUACCGACAUGGUCAAUUUUGGGCCAAAAGCAACAGUUCCGGAGAAAUAUCAGCAAAGGAAGCUGUUCGAACAUAAUCCUACAGUAACUCUGAUGCGCACCACUAAAGAUGAGUGCAUAGAUGUUGGCAAAUUCAUAGCGGACAAGAUCAAGCGCUUCGCUGCUAACCCGAAGAUGGUGCAAAUUACCCUACCAAAAGGUGGUGUUAGCAUGAUCGCUACGCCAGGAGGUGCUUUCGAGGACCGCGAUGCAGACGAUGCAUUGAUCGAUACACUGGUCAAUCAACUGCAGGACUCAGGCAUCUCUAUUGUUCACGACGAAAAAGACAUCAACAAUGAAGAAUUUGCUGUGAAGAUCGCCAACGACUUGAUGCAAUUAGCACAAUCAAGAUGA